CUCGAACUGGCGUUUCGAAACAAACAUUCUGCCGUCGAUCCGAGGUCCAGCGCCACCCAGGCGUGGAAACAUCUCACUUUCCAAUAGUAUCUCGAUUGCCAAUCUCAAGCAUGGCUGGCCGCUCGAUGGAAAAGAUGUCGUUCAAGGUCAAGGUCGCGUCGUGGUUUCAAGCCCUCACCAAGCGCAGCAAGUGCACGUGCCCGCAUGCGACACGCGCCAAGCAAAAGAAGCCCAAGAAAACCUCGUAUGUCGUGUCCGAACCGAUUGCCAUACCUCGCAAGUACGCGAACGAAAACAAACCCACGACGAUUGUCGGUGGCCAACGUGUACCAUACAUCCCGGCGCAAGUGUCGCAAUUGCGAGAAGGUCGCCGGUCGUACGACCCGAUCGAAGAAGUCCAUCCACCCUGUACACACUGCCUCGCGCAAACCCGUCGCCACACGGUGACCUCGAUGGACGACGACGACUACUAAGCGCCGUCCGGCAUAGUCUUGUCUAGUCUUAUUUAAUGCGAAGAAACGGUUUCUUAGCACGUGC